AAAUCUUCAAUCCACCAAUCUUGUUUACAUUUCACUUAUUUUCCCUUUUUUUCUGAAUUUUUUUUGGCUCUAAGAUGAUAUUUAUGUCUAAAACCCUGCUGGGUGAUCUUCAAUAAAAAAAGAAAGAAAAGAAAACUUACUGAGUGGCCUUUAGGAACAUAAAAUUUUGAUUUUUAAUGUUGUUUCAUUAAAUAUAGCGAUUUCCCAUAUAGUUUUCUGAUGCUUCUGGGCUGUUACUGGGAGGUAACUGUUAGUAGGUGACAGUAGAAAGCUCACUAGACUGUAAGACCUUAACACACAAGGAGUCCAAGCCUGGAAUGUUUUCUAUUUCCUCUACGGUUUUGCCUCGUUGGUGCACAACUUCAAGGCAUAUUGUUAGAAUGGCUGCUGCUCACACUACAAUUGCUGGAUUAUCAUUCGAAGCUGUGGCAAUAAAGCCUCCUUCACACCCUACAUAUGAUUUAAAGGGCAUCAUUAAGCUUGCCCUUGCUGAAGAUGCUGGUGGUCGAGGGUGAGCAAAUAUUCAGUUAUAAUUUUGUAAAUAUCUUCUGCAUUCAAGUUAUGGAACAUUUGGGUUCAAUAGCAGGAGAUGUGACUUGUAUGGCCACCAUUCCAUUUGACAUGGAAGUUGAAGCCCAUUUUCUGGCUAAGGAGGAUGGUAUCAUUGCUGGAAUUGCGCUUGCAGAGAUGGUUUUUCUAGAGGUUGAUCCUUCUUUGAAGGUGGAGUGGUCUCGAAAGGAUGGAGAUUAUGUCCAGAAGGGGCUGCAGUUUGGAAAAGUUUAUGGAAGGGCACAUAGCAUUGUUGUAGCUGAAAGAAUAGCUCUGAACUUUAUGCAGCGGAUGAGUGGUAUAGCGACACUAACUAAGGCAAUGGCUGAUGCUGCACACCCUGCAUACAUCUUAGAGACAAGAAAAACUGCUCCAGGCUUACGUUUGGUGGACAAGUGGGCGGUUCUAAUUGGUGGAGGAAGGAAUCAUAGACUGGGUUUAUUUGAUAUGGUGUUGAUAAAGGAUAAUCAUAUAUCAAUAGCUGGAGGAAUCAGGAAUGCCCUUAGAUCUGUUGACGAGUAUUUAGAGCAAGAAAAUCUUCAAAUGGAGGUUGAGGUUGAGACCCGGACUCAUGAGGAAGUAAAGGAGGUAUUGCAGUAUGCAUCUCAAACGAAGACUUCCUUGACCCGGAUAAUGUUGGAUAAUAUGGUUGCACCUCUUCCAAAUGGUGAUGUUGAUGUGUCUAUGCUUAAAGAAGCUGUGGAGCUAAUAAAUGGGAAAUUUGAGACAGAGGCAUCUGGCAAUGUUACUCUUGAAACCGUACAUAAAAUUGGACAAACUGGAGUUACCUACAUAUCCAGUGGUGCACUUACGCAUUCUGUGAAAGCACUUGAUAUAUCCCUCAAAAUUGAUACUGAGUUGGCUCUGGAAGUUGGAAGGCGAACAAAACGGGCAUGAUCAUUUAUAUUUCCGUUGUUAUUGAGCAAUAAGAAAACUCUUUCCCAGAAGUUAUAAAGACAGAAAGAGCAUGUUUGUUCUUUCCAUGCUCUAAUAGUGGUUUACAGAAUUGGCAGACAAUAAAUUACUGUUUUAUAAAAGAUAUGAGGAUAAUUAUAUGCAUUGACAAAAUUCUAGCUCUUUUGGAAUUUAUACUGCUGACAAUCUGGCUGUCUUGGAAUUUCUGCAACCUGAUUGUGAAGGUCCUUGUCAAGAGAAAUGAAUAGGUCCUUGGGGAUGAAUUCACUGUGUUAUAUGUGCAUUUAUGUUUGGAGUUAUUCAUCCAACCAUUCAUUAUCAUUUAAAGGGAUGUGAAAGG